GGAGCUCCAAAAUUCCCUCUCACUUCACAAUAACGUUUCUCCCAUGUUACAUGUGGUAUCACAUCCAUGAUUCCCUCUAACUUACACAAUUUGUAUAUACAUCCAACACCCAACAAUUUCUCUCACUUUUCCCCCACCCUUCCAUUCUUAUUCGCUCUUCCAUUUUUCUCAUCAACGAGAAACUUGAAAUUCAAUUUUGAAUGCAGGAAGACGAACGAAGAUCCACAACAUUAAUGGGGGAUUCACCUUCUUUACCUCCAAAAGGCAGCAACAAUGGCAUGAAUAAAUCCGACCCGAACCUCGCGGCCAGUUUUCCAUCCUCUGAUGAAGAGUUUAACAACCGGUCGAGUAACGUCUCCGGCGAUGAUCUCAACCGUAUGAGCGGGGAGGCUUCACCGAUGGCAAUGUCGCCGUGGAACCAGGCUUCUCCAUUCCAACCUUCUCCAUGGUUCACCACCGGAAUCGACAACUCUAACAGUCAAAAGAAUGGAACACAAGUAAACCAAACUGAGGGACUCGUAGGAUCUCUCGUCCGUGAAGAAGGCCACAUAUACUCACUCGCCGCCACAGGCGACCUUCUCUACACCGGUUCGGACAGCAAAAACGUGCGGGUGUGGCGCAACUUGAAGGAGUUCACCGCAUUCAAAUCCAACAGCGGCUUAGUAAAAGCCAUAAUCUUAUCCGGUGACCGUAUAUUCACCGGACACCAAGACGGAAAAGUCCGGGUGUGGAAGAAAAACAAAAAAGACCCAAAAUACCACAAACGCGUCGGCACAUUCCCAACGUUAUUCGACAUCUUAAAAUCCUCAAUGCGCCCGAAAAACUACGUAGAAGUGAAGCGUAAAACAACCGCGCUUUGGAUCAAGCAUUGUGAUGCGAUUUCUUCGUUAAGUAUCGAUGAAGACGAAGGUCUUUUGUACUCGGGUUCAUGGGACAGAACAUUUAAGGUGUGGAAGACGUCGAACUCGAAGUGUUUAGAGUCCGUUAAGGCGCAUGAGGACGCGGUUAACUCGGUCGUGAGCACGAAAUCCGGGUUAGUGUUUACCGGAUCAGCGGACGGGUCUGUUAAGGUGUGGAAGCGUGAAGGGUCUGGGAAAUCGAUGAAACAUAAUCAUGUAGAGACGUUGUUGAACCAAGAAUGUGCGGUGACGGCUUUAGCAGUGUCGGAAACCGGGUUGUUUGUGUACUGCGGGUUGUCGGACGGGUUGGUUAAUUAUUGGGAAUGGGAGAAAGAGUUGGCUCAUGGUGGACUUCUUAAAGGGCAUAAGUUGGCGGUUUUGUGUUUAUCGUCUGCCGGAAGUUUAUUGUUUAGCGGUUCGGCUGAUAAAACGAUAUGUGUGUGGAAGAAGGAGGGGAACCAGCAUAACUGUUUGUCGGUUUUAACCGGGCAUACCGGGCCAGUGAAGUGUUUGGCGGUUGAACGGGAGGCGGAGAAGGGCUCCGGAGACGCGAAAUGGGUGGUUUAUAGUGGGAGUUUGGAUAAAUCGGUGAAAGUGUGGAAUGUCUCGGAGAAAAUGUCACCGGAGAUGAAGAUGGGUUCGUCGGAGAAUAUUGUGAGAUAUUGACCGUUGGAUUUGGUAGGGUUUUUGUGGAGCGUUAACUUGGAAGGAAGGGUUUUGAUUUGGACGGUUGAGAUUGGCUUAAGGGAGUGGGGGCUUGUCUCAAUAUUUGUAUAUAGUCAUAUAGAUGACUAGUAAAAUUAAUUUCUUAAAUGAGAUUAAUAUAUCAAAUUGGAUACAAAUAUAAAUCCAACUAUGACCCUUGAAUCA